AUUUUUAUUAUUCAGCAGCAUUAGUCAUUAGUCAUAACACCGCUGAUUAAAAUCAAAUUUCUUAUCAGCCGAUACUAUUCGAUAGCAGUUGUAAUGGCCGGCUACCGAUAGUUCCCACAUUGUUUGUGGGGACAAUUAAAUAUUAAAUUGCCGCAUAAAACGUGUUAGAUUGAAAAAGAAUGAGCACACCCGCUAAAAAUAAUGGCACGGGACCUGCGCGAGGCUCUCACCUCUUGCACGGACCCCCUCAAAGCCAUUGAGAGUUUUCAGCUGGAGAAUGGGGUGCUGUUGCCGUCGUUACGGCCCAUGCUGCCGCUUCUGGACCUCCACGGAGUGCGACGUCUGGAUUUCCACACGUCACACAUGGAGGAGCUGCGCGACAAGCUGAUUGCCCACAUCAACGAGCUGGGUAAGAAAGAGCCCUUCGAGCGAAAAAAGAAGCUGACGCAGCUGCUGGUGAAGAGCUUCCCCGUCGUGCGGAUCAAGUCACUGAGGCUGGUGGUGAUGGCCAUCCUGAGGGACAAACAGCACAUCGAUGACAAGUACCUCAAGAUUCUGGUGCGCGACUGGGAGCUGUACGCCGACACGGACACGGAGGUGAAUCGCCAGAUCUGGCGGGACAAUCAGUCGCUGUUCGGCGACGAAGUUUUACCUCUGCUCUCGCAGUACAUCCGGGAGAAGGAGCACAUCCUCUUCGAUCACACAAACCUCAACAAUUUGUUCUUCCAUCCGACGCCCAAGGUGCUACGGCAAGGCGAGUCGGUGAAGAAGCUGGCCAACAUGAUCGGCACCAGCGUGAAGCUGUACGACAUGGUGCUGCAGUUCCUGAGGACUCUCUUCCUGCGCACCCGCAAUGUGCACUAUUGCAAGCUGCGAGCGGAGCUGCUGAUGGCGCUGCACGACCUUGAGGUGCAGGAAAUCAUCUCGAUUGAACCCUGUCACAAUUUCACGUGGUGCCUGGACGCCUGCAUCCGUGAGAAGAAUGUGGACAUCAAGCGAUCGCGCGAGCUGCAGGCCUUUCUCGACAACUUGACAUGCAAGCUGCUGUGGUAUGUGCACAACAAGUUGCCCUCCUGCCGCUUGGGCACACUCAUGAAGGCCAUGCAACCGACAACGGCCCACAAUGAGCAUGUGCACAAGCUGUACGAAACGCUGACGGAUUGAAUUGCGGCGUAUGCACCAGAGACCCUGGUGGUGGAGACACCGCCAGUGGACUUUGAUUCGCCAUUGAAGUCGGUGCCAACACCAGGUCCGCACUACAAUGCCCAAUAGCCAAAGGAAACGGUGGUCGCGGUAACAGCGGCUGUCGUCGGAUGAUGGACAAUCUUACACGUAAUAGAUCUAAAGCUGAUUAGAUGAUGGUUGGCAGUCACAUGAAGCAACUAUACAAGGAGGUCUCGUCGGCAGCAGGGCGUCUAACAAUGCUGUUAAUAAGUGCGGGUGAAAGUGCGUAUUUAACCCUUUGAUGGCAACGUGAAAGGCAAACGAGAUUAUUUUUGUUUUAUAAUUUGACCAGCAAACAUGCACUGAACUCUAAGGGCGCAAGGCAGCCGACGAGAUCACCUCGUAUAAUUGCAAUUUAUUAGUAGCUGCUGAAUGUUAUUUUUUUUAUACCGAUUUUCCACUGAGCCUGGGCUUCGUUUUAUGCCAUUGCAAUUAAUCAACAGACACUUAUAGCUCAUGUCCGUCAUACAAUGUCUGUACGUGUUUGGUGGGCGAAACUUCUCAGGAUUAUAUCACACACACAAACCCCAAUAGCAGUUGCCUUAAAUCGUGAAACAUAAAACAAAA